AGGUAGCUGUACGUCAUCGAGUCGUUUCCGCAGUAAAUUAACACAACAUCACAGUAAAAUCAGUUAUCACCUGGACACUACAACGCUUGUUUUGUUCGUCGUACAAUUAAAAAAAAUGUUUUGUGUGAUACUUGCAUUAGUUGCACUUGCGUAUAUAUUGUGGGAUGUUAAUUAUUUUCUUAGAAUCGCGUUCACAAUAUUAACAGGAAGAUUGUUUCAAAAGAGAUGUGGUAUCAACGAUACAACAACAAUUUACGGUUUUUGUACAACACAAGAUGUGGAUAUAUUCUUAAAGCACAUGAACAACGCCCGCUACGUGCGAGAGCUGGACUUUGCCAGGUUCCACUUUUAUGAUAGAACUGGCAUUUACGACAACAUCAAAGCAGCCAAUGGUCACGCGUUACAGGGUGCAUCUAGUAUACGCUACAGAAGAACUAUACCGAUAUUUUCCUUCUACAAAGUUGAAACUAAGCUGGUUUAUUGGGAGGACAAAACACUUUUCAUAGAGCAAAAGUUCAUCACGACAAACGACGGAUUCGUCCGUGCUAUUGUUUUGUCACGUCAAAACCUUUUGGACGUGGACGCUGCGAGGUUAUUCAAAGAUAUUCCCGGUGCGGACAGCAAGCCGGAAUGUCCUGAGGAAAUUCGUCACUGGCUACAAUCCAUCGAAAUAUCCAGCGCACGUUUAAGAAAGAAGGAUUAAGACAUGUCAUCAUACGGAUAAUACAUAUUGUAAUUUAUCCGUUUUGAGAUAAAACCGAUUAUUUCUAUAUUUCUAUUCUUUCUAUUUCUCAUUUAUUUUUCAAAUUCAAACAAAGAAAAAACU